GACUCAUGUCGGCCGAGUUUUGAAGAUUAAGAAAAGGCGGCUUCGCGCUUGUGCUGUAGAAGACGGCAACUAGGCGUGCCUAUCUUCUUGCCAAAUUCAUCAGCCUCUCUCUCUCUCUAUUUAUACCCUCCAGCACUUGAUCUUCCUCCUUAACCUCUCCGUAGAAAACCAAUCUUCACUCCCCCUAUCCCCUCUCUCUCUCUCUCAAGAACUAAGAGCUUACUAUGGAAAGCGAACGCUACGAUGAGACGACAGAGAAGCAGCGAAUCAGGAGAAGACCGCACCAGAAGCCGUACAGGGGUAUCCGGAUGAGGAAGUGGGGUAAGUGGGUGGCUGAGAUCAGGGAGCCCAACAAGCGCUCCCGUAUCUGGCUCGGCUCCUACGCCACCGCCGUGGCUGCCGCCCGCGCCUACGACACCGCUGUGUUCUACCUCCGUGGCCCCUCUGCCCGCCUCAACUUCCCCGACCUCAUCUUGCACGAGGGCCAGGACUCGCUGGGUGAGGUCUCAGCCGCCUCCAUCCGCAGGCGUGCAGCUGAGGUCGGGGCCCAGGUCGAUGCUGUCCAGGCGGCGGCGCCGGCCAAGUCGAGGCCAUGCCGCACCCCGGACUUGAACGAGUACCCACAACUGGAGGACUUGGGGGAGAUUGAUCACGAGUCUGUGUUUUGAAUUAGUUUCUUUAUGGGAAAAGCCGGGUUCAGGAAGAAAUACUGGUUGCCCCAGAUCAAAGAGGCAUUCAUCUAGGCCAGGGCUGAAGAGAUAGGAGCAAAUGAAGAACAGUGAUCUCUUUGCUGGUGCAGACCAGCGCCACGUCCGUCUCCAGUUUUGAUUAAGAAAAGAAACUGUAGAGCCUCUAGUUCUUCGAGCGUGGAAGGAAUUUCUAUUUGUUAAUUGCAAUUUUUCUCUCUCUUUUUCUUUUUUACAAAGAAAAAGAGACGAAGCCAGCCCGACCGAGAAAGCGAUGCUAGAUGAAUGCUUGUGGCCUAAUUUAAUUCACGGAAUUCAAGAUCAUCAUGUCACAGCGCAAGAUCUCGUGAACCUGAGAGCAUGAAUUUUAAUUGUCAUGUCAUGCUGCAUAAAGAUAAGAUUUUUUCAUAGAUCGUUUACGGGUU